AUGCUCGACGACGACAAGAGCCGUCUUCCAACCCAUCAUGCGAGCUCUACUCAUCUUCAACGACGUCGACCACGGCCCUUAAUCUCAUUCCUGAUACUCGCGACCAUCUUGUACCUCUCUGUAUUCCUUUGGCAGUCUAGGACCCAGUACAUUCGGGUCCCUCGCAAUGCCCACAAUAUCGCCGAAAAAUGUUCAAGGUUGCGAUUAUUACCCUCUCCUCCACCGGAUUUCUACAACAGAAAGGAAUCGGACAGGUUCGACGCGUCUCUCGCUCCCACAAAACCAAUUGUGGUGCGGAAUGCAACCAUCUGGACCGGCGAAGUAGCAGAAGGUCUUGAAGUUGUUUUUGGAGACGUGUUACUUGAUAAAGGUAUCAUUGGAGGCGUAGGAAACGUUGAUUCUAUUGAGGGAGAGGUUGAAGAGAUCAAUGUUGACGGAGCUUGGGUAACAUCUGGAAUUGUAGACUUGCACUCCCACCUUGGAGACUUUUCUUCGCCCUCGCUUUCCGGGUCAUCAGACACAAAUUCUCGUAAAGGCCUUGCUCAGCCAUGGCUUCGCUCAGUUGAUGCACUCAACACCCACGAUGAAGCAUACAGGCUGGCUCUCGCGGGCGGCGUUACAAGUGCUGUCGUGUUACCGGGCAGUGCUGGAGCCAUCGGCGGUCAAGCGUUUCCUAUCAAGCUUCGCCCUACCUCCGAAAAAUCGACUUCUUCGAUGUUACUCGAAUCGCCAUUUGACUCUCCUUCACACUGGCGACACUUGAAGCAAGCAUGCGGCGAAAACCCUUCUCGAGUUUACUCUGGGACGCGUAUGGAUACUAUCUGGUCCUUCCGAGCUGCCUAUGAAGAAGCGCGGAAGCUCAAAGAGAAACAGGAUGCCUUCUGUGAAAAGGUCGAAGUUGGGAGAUGGGAUUUACUACAAAACAAAUCGUUUCCGGAAGAUCUACAAUGGGAAGCUCUAGUCGAUGUCUUGCGAGGAAAGGUCAAGAUUCAGAACCAUUGCUAUGAGGAGGUUGAUUUGGACGGGAUCGUUAGGCUCAGCAACGAAUUCAACUUUUCCAUUGCAGGUUUCCACCAUGCACACGAAGCUUAUUUGGUCCCUGAACUCCUGAAGAAGGCAUACGGCCAUACCCCAGUCGUUGCCAUGUUCGCUACCAAUGGUCGAUACAAACGCGAGUCGUACCGGGGAUCAGAGUACGCUCCAAAAGUGUUAUCUGAUAAUGGGAUAGAGGUGGUUAUGAAGAGUGACCACCCAGUUCUGAAUUCGAGAUAUCUCCUCCACGAAGCCCAACAAGCGCAUUACUACGGCCUAUCUGCUAGUCUCGCGUUGGCAAGUAUCACCACAACGCCUGCGAGAGCUGCUGGUUUGGAUCAUCGUAUCGGGAAGGUCAAGAGAGGGUAUGACGCUGACCUGGUCAUCUGGGACUCUCACCCUCUCGCUCUCGGGGCAACGCCAAUUCAAGUUUAUGUCGAUGGGAUCCCUCAACUGCCUCACACCCCGACUGCCGUUCAUCCGAAUUCUCAGAAAGGCCAGACUGCUCCACAGACGCCUCAAUUUGAGGAGGAAGCUCGUGAAGCUGUAAAGGCGGAUGGUCUACCAUCGCUGGAUGCGAAAGAGGUCACAGGAACGGUGGUGUUUUAUCGGGUGAAGAGUCUAUACCUCCGUAUUCAUGGAAGGAUAUUCGACAUUUUCCAACAUCCAGAGGCAGAGAAGGUAAACAACGAAGGGAAGGUACUUGUCCGGAACGGCGAAGUGAUUUGUGUUGCUGGCGUUGACCUUAUCAGCACAACUGGUGUGAAGACAUGCGAUUCGAGUGACUUGGACCACGUUGCUGUAGAUGCUGGGAUUGAUUUAGAGGGAGGUUCGGUAGCACCUGGCCUAUCGUCGUAUGGCGUUCCUCUCGGUCUCCAACACAUCGCUGGCGAGAUCUCGACCGGUGACGGAAGGGUUGACUCGAAAAUCGCCGGGCAGGAUAUUGUACGAGCCGUCGAUGGCCUUCAAUUCCGUACUCGUGAUGCACUAUUAGCCUAUCGUUCGGGCGUAACAGUUGGAAUCACACCCCCGUCUCUUGGGCUUGCUACUGCGUUUUCGACUGGUGCUAAACACAAGUUACAAUCCGGAGCGAUUGUGAAGGAAGAGACGGCUUUACAUGUGAUUGUCACCCUUAACGCGCAGGAAGAGAGCGUGAGCACGCAAAUACGGAAUUUGAGGAAAGCUUUGGUUGAUGCUGUGAAUGGAGGAGGCGAGGGGGGGUUGGGGGAGGCGUUCAAGAGGGUCAUUGAGGGCAAAAUCCCUCUUGUCGUCGCCGCUCAAAGCGCUGAUGUGAUGGCAACGCUGAUCAGUCUGAAGAAAGAAGUCGAAGAUCUUCUCGCCUCCAAGAACGAGAAAGGGGAAAAACAAAUCCGAAUGACCUUUGUGGGUGCUGCGGAAGCCCACCUUGUCGCACCUGAGAUUGCGGAUGCUGGGAUUGGUGUCGUCGUUACGCCUACUAGACCUUUCCCCUCCACUUGGGAGUCUCUUCGAAUUCUCCCUGGGCCCCCCCUAUCAGAGAAAACAGCUGUUUCUACUCUACUUGAACAUGGUGUGACAGUUGGAAUUGGCGUCUUUACGGGGUCGGGAGCUUGGGUUGCGAGGAAUGUGAGGUGGGAUGCGGCUUGGAUUGCCCUUGACUCAAACGGCGCUAUCAGUCACGCUGAAGCCUUGGAACUGGCUAGUACGAAGCUCGAGGGUCUGUUGGGCGUGGAUGUUGAAGAAUCUGAUAGGUUUGGGGAAAUGGUAGCGACUAGGGGAGGGGAGCUUUUAGAGUUUGAAGGAAAAGUUGUUGCUGUUUUCUCGAGGAGGAGGGGUGUUGUUGAUGUCUUUUAA